UGAUCCUUGCACUUCUGUAAACUGAACCAAAACUUUUAUGGCCCCAUCUCUGGAACAUGAUCAGGAAAUCUACUGUUUAUUUUCAGGGCUGGAGGUAUUGGCCAAUAUUAGUUAUAUAUAAUAAUAAUGAUAUAAUAAUACAUAAAUAUGCAGGAAAUAUUUCUGAACAUGAAAAAUUUGCUUCAAAGUUCCACCUGUUGUGCCUUUCAUCAUUGUCGAUUAGUUGUUUACCUAGGAGUAGCCCUUAUCGGCACAGCUGCUCCUCACUAUUGUGUAACACAUCUUUAGGAUAUAAAUAUAGGAAGGGUACCAGCCAUCCCUCAAAUUCAUAAUGAAGAUCUGUUUGAUGAUCGUAGUUGCUGCUGCUCUUGCUGGUAACAGCUGGGCAUUGGAUAGAUGCUCAGUAGUGAGAGCCAUUCGGAGAGGUGGGCUUGCUGGCAUAAAAGGUUAUUCCUUGGGGGACUUUGUCUGCUUGGCUUAUCAUGCGAGUCGAUACGAUACCUCCCUGCAUAGAAGCCCAACAGAGUAUGGCAUAUUCCAGAUCAACAGCUACUGGUGGUGCGACGAUGGAAAAACCCCAGGACGCAAGAAUGUGUGUCGAAUUCCAUGCAGAAAUUUGUUAAAUACAAACAUCGCAGAUGAUGUGAAGUGCGUAAAAAGAAUUGUGAGUGAUCCCAAUGGUCUGGCAGCUUGGGAACCCUGGAAAAAAUAUUGUAGAGGAAAGAACCUCAGCUCCUAUGUCAGAGGAUGUUAGUCCAACCGGAUCAGCAGAAAAUAGCAGCUGCUUUCACUUUUUUUUCUUUCUGUCCUGGACUAUUGAUGCCCUGCUUUAUUAGACCCUCAUUAAACUCUCUCUAUAGCACUAAG